UUCAGUUUAACUGUCGUCUUGUUCAUAAAUGCCAGCCCCUAAUUUUUUUUGUGCAUUUUCCUUUUAUGACAUAAACUUUAGUAUAUUUCCUUACUCGACUCAGACAAUCAUAUCAAAAUUCUUGGCAGGUGGUUGGGAAAGCCAUUUGUGAGAUGGCUUUUAAUUUCUUCGCCACUGGGACCCUGCCAGAGGAAGUGGUGGAGUCUACUGUAGUCCUCAUUCCUAAGGUGGACUAUCCGGAGAUAGUGUCCCAGUUACGUCCGAUCUCUCUAAACAAUGUGUGUCUGAAGGCUAUCACCAAAGCAAUAACUAACCGGCUCAAGCCCAUCAUGAGGAAACUGGUGUCUCCGAGACAGAGUAGCUUUAUCCCUGGGCGGCAAACCACGGACAACAUUAUUGUUUUGCAGGAAGUGCUUCAUUCUCUUAGGAAAAAGAAGGGCAAAAGAGGGGGGUUAGUGCUGAAGAUCGACUUAGAGAAGGCCUAUGAUCGCCUGAGAUGGGACUUUCUUCGAGAUACUCUCAAGGAGGUUGGGUUUCCAAGCACUUGGAUCAACUGCAUCAUGUUCUGUGUUGAACAUAACAAAAUGAGGCUGCUGUGGAAUGGUGAACUCUCUGCCCCGAUCACGCCUACCAGAGGUGUUCGCCAGGGAGAUCCUCUUUCACCCUAUCUCUUUGUUCUUUGCAUGGAACGUUUGUCUCACAGGAUAGAUAAGGCUAUUGAGGACAAGCUUUGGAAACCCCUGAAGCUGUCCAAAGAGGGCCCUCCGAUAUCUCACCUGUUUUUUGCAGAUGAUCUUAUCCUUUUUGCAGAAGCAGGAAUGUCCCAGGUUCGGAUCAUCAAGCAAUGCCUUGACGAGUUCUGCCACAGCUCGGGACAGAGAGUGAAUUAUAACAAAUCCGCUAUGUUCGUCUCAGCUAAUAUAGACAGAAGGCAAGCCCGUCGUUUAUCUCUCAGAACAGAUAUUCCCCUCACAGUGGAUCUGGGCCGCUAUCUGGGUGUCAUGGCAAUUCAUGGGAGGGUGACCAAAGCUCGGUAUCGGGAUCUGGUGCUGCGAAUCCAAAGGAAGCUCGCCCCUUGGAAGUCCAGACAUCUCUCGUUAGCAGCUCGUAUCACGGUGGUGAAAUCCAUUACCUCCUCUAUUCCUAUUUAUCCCAUGCACACGGAACUUCUUCCUGUGAAUAUUUGCAGGACUCUGGAUCGGAUUAACCGGGGGUUCAUCUGGGGGGACACGGACAACCAGAAGAAACUCCAUCUGGUCGGAUGGCCGCAGUUGUUGUUACCCAAAAACAACGGAGGACUCGGCAUUCGGUCGACAAGAGAAGUGAACAUCUCCAUGCUGGCCAAGAGCGGUUGGCGCUUACUCCAAGAGAAAGAUAGCUUGUGGGUGCAGAUGGUUAGAGCGAAAUAUGGAGGAGACAGGCAACAGCUUGAUUUGCUCAAACCUACUCAAGGAAGUUCCUUUACCUGGGCCAGCUUUACUAAAGCGGCCAACCUGCUUAGGCAGGGUUGCGCCUGGAAUGUUCAUUCAGGAAGACAAACUAAGUUUUGGUCUGAUCCAUGGAUUUUGCAAGGACCGCUUUACGAGGCUGCGGCUGGGCCGGUCACGGAGGAAGAUCGUCAGCUCAUGGUCGCUAGUUUUGUGGAUGAGGAGGGGAAUUGGCUGACUGAAAAGUUUGAGGAUUUACUCCCUCCUGAGAUCAUACAGAAAAUCAUGGUGCAGGCUGUUGACCCUUUGUCGAUGGAGACGGAUAAGCUUUUUUGGAAACCAACAGCGGAUGGGCGUUUCUCAACCAAAAGUGCCUAUGUGUUGCAGCAAGGAGCUCCUGGCACCGAAGGUCAACAGGGGUGGAAGACGAUUUGGCACCUCCCGGUGCCGGAGCGUGUAAGAUGUUUCAUGUGGCUGGUUAUGCAGGGAAAGGUGACCACGAACGAGAUGCGGGUGAGACGGCAUCUAAGCGAGGAUGGCUCCUGCUACAGGUGCGUCAGCCAAGAGGAGAACUUGGCUCACAUUUUCCGCAACUGUCCCCCUGCAGCUUUUUUAUGGCACCGCACAGUCCCAGGAGGAGCCCAACAGGAGUUCUUUAGCCUCUCUUGGGAUGCAUGGCUACAUUGGAACCUUGCCUUCAAGGAGUCAACUAUGAACGGAGUACCCUGGAAUGCCUUCUUCAGCAUUGCUCUCUGGUGCUUGUGGAAAAACAGAAAUGAAGGAGUCUUCAAAGGGGAGGACAAGACGCUCUCUGCCUCCUCUCUUAUGCAAUCCAUCAAGAUCAAAGCUGCCGUGUGGACGCAGGCCUGGAAUGCCCCCUCCCCUCUAGUGGGAAGAGCGAGACUGGCUCGGGAUCGCGCUCUGACAGAGGUCGGUUGGAAGGCUCCCCCGACGGGGUGGGUUAAAAUUAAUGUGGAUGGAGCAGCCAAAGGUGAGCAAAGCCUUGCAGGGGCAGGUGGUGUUAUUCGUGAUGUCAGUAGCAGUUGGGUUAGAGGUUUUGUGUCGAGACUGGGCUCGUGCUCGGCUGCGUUGGCAGAGCUGUGGGCGAUUUACCACGGCCUGAAGCUGGGGUGGAACCUUGGAUAUCGAGCUAUCAUCAUUGAAACAGAUUCGCAGCUAGCCAUCCAAUUGGUGAAGAACAGAAAGGACCCCUUGCACCCGUAUGCAGCUUUACUCACAGCGAUUAGGAGAAAGAUUUCUCAAGAUUGGGUGGUGAAUCUGGUACAUGUAUACAGGGAAGGGAAUAGAGUCGCGGACUGGCUCUCGAAGCACAGUCUCGUCUAUCCCUACGGUAUGCAUGAAUUGGAUUCCCCACCGCAAGAGCUUCUCCCUCUUCUUCAGGAUGAUCAAAGGGGUAUUACAAGUUUGAGGAACAUUGUGUUGAGUUCCCCAGCCUCCUCUCUGUGACCCUCCUGUUCCAUUUCUCGUCCCUUCUUUUCUUCCUUCUUCGGCCUUUGGCCUCCUCAAAUGCAAAAAAAAAAAACUAUGGGUUAUGCAUCCAUCAAUAACCAAAUCUGAACCCUUCAUUUAGAAAAUCCAGAUCUAAGGAUGGAAAAUUAAAGAUCAUUUUUAUUU